CUUCGCACUUUAACUUACUUGAUACUAUCUAGGACGGAGCUACAAAUACAGUUUCAGUUAAAUUCAAUUUCGAAAAUAUUUGGAUCAUAUUUUAAGAUCUGCGUCCUUCUAGUAUUUGAAUAUGAAGGAGAAAGCCCAUAAUUUUUCAAGUAGAUGGAAUACUGUAAUGCGCAAAUGUCAUAGUGCGAAAUAGACCGAAUUUAACAAGCCGGUCGAUUUUGACGAAAUGACAAUGGCAGCGUCACAGCAAGUCGUUAAACCAGUGCAGUCAGCCCAAGAAAUGACAGAAACAAAUGCAGUUACUACAGAUCUUGUUACCACGGAAUCAGAGGAAGUCUUCGAGAUGUAUUGCGAGCCUUGCAACAGAGAAGGUACUUCCGUGACGGCAACUGCGUUUUGCCCCUCCUGUGUAGAUUACCUCUGUGCAACAUGCUUAAAAUAUCACAAACGGUUUCUCUCUGAGCAUGCAUAUUUGGACAAUGAUAAAAUGUCUCGGGACAUAUGUCUUGAAAAAUGUCCAACACAUAAGAAUGAAAUUAUCAAAUUUUACUGCGCUACUUGUAAGACAUUUGCGUGUUCAGUAUGUAAGAAAAAGGACCACAAUGUGUCCUGCAGGUUGAAAUACCUUUCGGAUUUGGUCAACGAUCUUGAGAUUGAAUCAGGUUUAAAGAAGUUAAUCUCUAAAAGCGAUGACGUUGUGAGAAGUGUUUCAAAAACAGAGCAACUAAUAAUGAAAACACAUGAAAUCAUUAGUGAUAUUCCUAGAAAAGCCAAAACUACAUUAAAGAAUGAGACAGAAGCAAUGUUCUCUUUCUUUUAUAAAGAAAUGCAAAACAUCGAAGAAAAGAUACAAUCAGAAAAGAAACUGGAUAAUGGUCGUAUCGAAGGUGUAACACAAAAAUAUAAUUUACUGAAGCUUGAUAUUGACAAGUUGUCCGACACUCACAAGCAGUCGUCAAAGUCUGACAGCAAUCAAAAAUAUACACAUUUCAUGAAACUAACAACUUUCAGCCAAGAACUUGAGGGUAUGGUAGUCUCUCUACAAGGCGUGUCGAAACAAUGUACCUUAAGUGGUGAUAAAUUGAAGUCUUCUGUCAAAAAGCAGGUAAACGAAUUGAAUGAAAGGGUAAAAACAAUUGGCAUUGGGGUCAGAAAAUUCGGCACGGAAAGCAAAAGAACACAUGAGAAAGUACAAAGGAAAGUCGCAACCGAAGUGACCACUAUAUAUGUAAAAAACGAAAAUGACAAAUAUGACUGUUGGAUAAGCAAAUGUUUCUUAUUGUCUGAUCAGAUUUUAUUUGUUUCUGACGCCAAUAACUCUUCCGUAAAGUUAUUCGAUACAAGAAACCAAAAUCUCCUGUGUAUCAGACCUGUAAACACGCCACCAUGUGCUGCUACUAAAGUGACUGACACUCAAAUAGCUAUUGUUCAGAAUCAUGAACACUACAAGAAAGGAAGCGUAAUUCAGUUUCUAACCUUGACAAAAGCUAAAAUACUGUUCUUCCAAAAAAGCGUAGUAUACAAACAGAAAUGAAAUGCCAAGAUAUAAUCUAUAAUCAAGACAGGCUGAUUAUUGCCUUGCUAGGAAGAAACAGAUGUAAAGUUCAAAUAGUUGAUAUGGAAGGAGACAUUCUGAACGAAAUUGAGUCGGAUGAAGACGGUGCUCCUCUUUUCGUGAGACCUGGUUACAUAGCAUUAAAUCCGGACGCUACACAAUUAUACGUGUCAGAUUGGAGUACUGGAAACAUUACCGCAGUAGAACUAGAAAGUUCAAAGAAGCACCGAAUCGUCAAAAACUUCUGGAAUCCACUAGGGAUAACGUCGGACAAUGAAGGGUUUGUUUAUGGGGUAGAAGGUGGCACAAGCCAUGUCCAGGUAAUUCAUCCUGAUCAUUCGGAUGCGCAACUUUUACUAGGAAAUGACUGUCCUCUCCAAGGACCAUGCUCGAUAUGCUAUAGCAACAAAGAUAACAAACUCUACGUAGGUACUGCGGGAAAUUGCGUAAAAGUGUACACGAUAAUAGAUAGGGACUUUGUAAAGUGUGAAACCUUGGAGACAGUUGAGAAAUGGAUGCAAGUGUAAAUAGCACUGAAAGAGCCCUCUUUCUGCUCGAAAUAUUGAGAAUCUACAGAUAAGUAAAUUAUGCACUAUAUUACCUAUCUACGGGCACGGAAAUACUGUAGAUUUAUUACUACUAUCAAACAUUUAGUGUGUGAGGUUAAUCUUAAAGGCGCAAUAUACAAAAGUACAAAAUUUAGUUACUUUUAAAAAUUGUCCCGACAUCGGAAGAUCAUAAUUAGAUACUAAAUCUACAGAAGAUGAGACGGAAGAUAGCGCCAGUUGCAUGCUAUUUAUUAACUCGAAUUUUCGACAUUCUGACUUGGAAUUUCGACUAAGUAUCUUGAAAUUUCAAGGUACGUUCGUCGAAAUUUCGAGUUUAUGUAUCGAAAUUUCGAGCUAAUAUAUGAUAAACACCUGCAUGACACCGAUGCUCUUCCGUAAGAAAGAGUGUCUGGAAUUCAGGAUCCUGUUUCGAGAAAUUCCCAAAAUUAUAUUACUAUUUUUUAGCAAAAAUGACGUGUGUGCGGCUAAGGUUAUAUUGUCAAAGUUUUGAAAAUCAUUGUAAUAGAAGAGAAAACCAAUUGUAAAUAAAGAGAAUAAAUUUAAA